AUGUAUCUGGCGAUGCAGUACCACCACUCUAGUCGCAGGCAGUGGAUAGUCAGUAUGGACGACGAGCGCGAGAUGUCGGUCGAGAUGGAUGUGUCUAUAAUGGACCCAAUUCCCACGACGGAAGGCAAGGUCUCGAAGCCGGAGACCGCGGGCGCGGCCGCUGGCCAGGGGAAGAAGGUGCCACAACAUCUGCUCGAGAAGCGCCGGCUGGGGCGAAUCAAGGCCGCCGAGGAGUUUGCGCGGAAGCUGAAGAAGAUUGGUAUCGAAAAGCAAGAUAAUUUGCACAUCUCGCAGACGGGUCUGUUCCGGCCGCUGCCGCUGAUCAAUCAGAAGAACUAUUCGUCUGAUUACCUGCGCAAGGAUGACCAGAUAUUCUCGAUGCGUGAGCGCAAGAGCUUGCGGAGCGGAAAUGUGAACCCUGUGAAUAGCAGCCAACCACCAACGCUGCUGGCAGAGGCCGGGGAAGACGAUCUCAAGCUCAACGGCGACGAAGACGGGAUCGAUGACACAGAGGACGCGAACACCAUUGUUAUUCACCCCGGCUCCCGCUCGCUGAAGAUAGGGCUCUCUACUGACGUGUUCCCCCUGUCAGUUCCGAGCUGUGUAGCGGUUGCACGUCGAGCUUCUCAGCGCUUGGAGCCCCAGCAGCGCUACGACAAAGACGAAGACUUCAUGGAGCACCUGCAGCAGAUCCAGUCAGACUUCAAAGAACGUAUGCGGUACUACAAGCGGAAGAUUAUACCCAACUCGCACGAACAGGUGCUGUCCUACAACAGCAGGGCGCAACCAGAAAAGAUCCCGGAGCACAAUGACCUGCAUAGGAUUGAAUGGAUUAAAGAUGCCCCGGAGGGGACCAUAUACUACGGCGAAGGUGCAGAGCGUUGUCUUCCUGAAAACUUUGUUAUUCGUUACCCAUUUUCGAAUGGGGCCUUUAACGUUGAGUGCCCCGAUUACAGCUCUCUUCAAGAACUCUUGAACGACGUGACAAAACUGAUAACCUUUGCUCUAUCUGAGACAAAAUUGGGCAUAAGCAGAUCUCAGUUCCCUAAUUAUAAAGUAAUAUUAAUCAUACCGGAUCUAUUUGAGAAGAAUUAUGUUGAACAGAUGAUAAGAUUGCUAUUGUCUGAGAUGAACUUUCAGGCGGUAGCCCUGAUUCAAGAAUCUCUGGCGACAUGCUACGGCGCCGGUCUUUCCAACUCUACCUGUGUCAUAGAUAUAGGUGCUUCUGAGACGAAAAUAUCUUGUGUGGACGAGGGUCAGGUAAUCCAAAACAGUUGUAUAAGACUAUCCUAUGGUGGCGAUGAUAUUACAAGGUUAUUUGUCGAGCUACUGUUACAAUCCAACUUUCCAUACCCAGAUUGGAAUCUUAAUACGAGGCAGGGCUGGAUAUUGGCUGAACAACUAAAGAAGACCCACAUUACGUUCCAAGAUGCUGAUGUCGCUGUCCAAUUAUUCAACUUCUUCAAGCGCGAACCUAGUGUGCCGGGCGCAGAAAAGUUUGAAUUUAAAUUAUUCAAUGAGGUCAUGAUAAGCCCGAUGGCCUACUUCUAUCCCCAGAUUCUCUCUUUCCUCAAACCCGCAACCUCUUAUAACAAAUAUAUGGCACAACAGCUCCCAGAGUCUCGUGAUCCUUAUACCUAUAAGCCAGAUAACCCAAAGUCCAUUGCACAGGAAAGUGCAUUCACCGGUAAAGUUUACACUGAUAUCAAUAAAGACCUCGAUAUUAUUCGUAAGCUUGUGAGUGUCAACGAUGAAGUAGAAGCGCUCACCUCUGGUCCCUCUGAAAGAACAUCUGGAGAUACCAUUAAGACUAAUACGAGGCGAGCGAGCAACUACACGCCAUUGGAUAAAGCAAUAAUUGAAUCCGUUACCACCGCUUCCGUCCUACUUGGUGAUAACAUGUCAAAAUUAGUUAAUUUCUAUUCCAAUUUGUUAGUUAUUGGCGGCUCUUCUAAGGUACCUGGUCUGGAUUUAAUACUGACUGAUAGAAUUAACAUUUGGAGGCCACGGCUACUAAGCGUGUCUACUCUUCCCGUAGUAUACAAAAAGGUCAGUGAGAUGGUGAAGCAAGUUGAAAAUGAGAUUAAAAAGAACAACCCUGAAUCUGAGGAAGAAAUUGCACAGAGCAGGAAAAAGUUGAUCAAGUCAAUUAAGAUUGAAUUGGAGAACUAUUGGGAAUCUGUGGAUCCAUAUGAGCACGUUUAUCCUAUCGCCGUGCUUCCACCCCCAAGAGAGAUGGACCCCUCAAUGUUAACGUGGAAAGGUGGGAGUGUGUUUGGAAGGAUUAAGCUAUGCGAGGAAUUGUAUAUUACAGCAAUGGAUUGGGAGAUGCUUGGUAGCAGAAUUUUGAAGUACAAAUGUAUCUUUGACUACUAG